CUGGAUUUGGAAGCAGUCUGAGCCUCAUCUCAGUGACAGAGGCAGUGGGGCCCAAAGCUGUGGUGAUGCUCCAGGCCAGCGUGUGGGUCCUAGGCAUUAUGACCUCAGCUGUUCCGCACACAAAGAGGUGGUCAUCCUGCCCUCACCUCGGCUUGGCAAGAACUACAAGACAGUUUACCUGGAAUUGAAGCCAGAGACAAUCAAAGGAAGAAGCUUUAUUGAGGCCAUGCCAGCAGCCAGGCCUGAGAUCCGUGGGGAGGUGACUUGGAGUCAGGGGUCAUUUGCUGUUUGUGGUGGCCAAGACCCAUCCCAGAUGUGUGAUUACAAAGGAGUUAAACACCAAGGUCCAUUCAACAAAGCAGGAAUAACACAUGAACUGAAGGAUCUAGUCCAGGACCACAGGCUGCCUGUCGAGCGGAGUAUCAGAUCCAGGAAAAAGAUUCGGGAUCCCUGCAGGUGGAAUAAGAGUGAACUCAGGGAGGUGAGAGAAGAGCUCAAGGAAAAAAUGGAAGAGAUAAAACAGAUAAAAGAUGUAAUGGACAAAGAUUUUGAUAAACUUCAUGAAUUCGUGGAAAUCAUGAAGGAAAUGCAGAAGGAUAUGGACGAGAAGAUGGAGGUUUUAAUAAAUAUACAGAAGAACAACAAGCUUCCCCUGCGAAGAGGAUGGAUGGAGCACGAGGAACUGAUGGGCAAGAGCGAAGCGGACCCCCGGCUCAGGCUCAAGAAGACGGACGCAGCUGGCGGAGCGGCCUUGUCUCUCCACAAGAACACGGUGGUGUCACCCAAACCCAAAAAGGAGCUGCCGGACUCCCUUCCUCAGUGUAGGAGCUGCUGCGAGAAAUGUUUGUUGUGUGCCCUAAAGACCAACUACAAUCAGGGCCCAAACAGGCGUCACCGUCUUGAGUAUGAGUGUGCAGAGCGUCACGUUUGUGUUUGGUUGUUCCGGACCAGCCCGUUUCACACUCCAAGCCCGUGAAGUCCGUCGUUAGCCCAGGGUUUUCCUCCCUCCCUUCCCCCACUGCCUCCCUUCGUUCCACCUGGUUCUACAAAGGUCCCAGGACCUUUGAUGACACUGAAUCCCUCUGGAUAAUCCAGCAUGUUCUCCUUAUUUUAAGCUGCCUGUGCUGUGAGGAUACCCCAGCAGUCCUAUGGAGAAGCUCACUCAGCAAGGAACUGCCUCCUGCCAAGAACCGUUUGAGUGUGCCAUAUUGGAAGUGGACCUUCCAGCCUUGAGAGCACUACCUCCCUAGCUCACGUCUUCACUGCAACCUCAUGAGAGGACCCUGAGCCAGAAUCACUCAGUUAAACUUCUCCCAGAUUCCAGUAGAAACCACGAACUAGUAAAAUCUUAUUGUUUUAAGAUGCUAA